AUGGUGCACUUUGUCAAAAGUACAGUCUUGGGUGGAAAUUUCGAAACGCCCGAACGGUAUGUGCACGAUAUGCCCUUUGAUGUCCCAUCUCUAAGAGGUUCACUACAGAUAUACCGAUCCCAAAACCCUGAAGAUCGGAGUUUCCGGUCUUGUUUGGUCUGUCACUGCCAUACUGCUAGAUUGGAUGGUGCUGACAUUUUCCACAGCUCUUCUUGGGAUCAAGUCAACCAGCAAUAUGUUGCCGUCAAGAAGAUACUGGACCCAUUUGGGACCCCUGCUACGGCACAUUCGAUUUUCCGAGAGAUCAAAUUACUCAAACGCAUCCAGCAUGAGAAUGCAUGUCACUUCUCGGCAAGAGGACUGAAGUAUCUUCAUUCAGCCGGUAUUCCCCAUCGGGAUCUCCGGCCUGAAAACAUUCUGAUCAAUCAGAAUUGCGAUCUCAAAAUAUGUGACCUGGGACUGCCCGUGCAAGACACACAUACCAUGAGCUACACUCCGACCAGGUGCUACCGCGCUCCGGAACUACUGUUGGCUAGUCACAAGUAUGACGAGAAGGUGGACGUAUGGAGUGUAGGCUGUAUCUUUGCUGAAAUGCUCCAAGGAAAGCCACUGUUCGCUGGACGAAAUCACGUUGAGCAGUUCUGUGCCAUCACCGAAUUACUCGGUACUCCUAAUGAGGAUCUUCUUGCCAGGAUUGCGUCGCAAUCUACUCUGCAUUUCAUACAGUCUCUACCCUCUUACAAGGGCACUGGACUCCCGAGCUUGUUCUCGAGUUUAGAUUCCACCGGUAGGCGUUCAAUCUGUUUCUAUUUUUGUUUUCCAUCAAUUGAACAAAUCACAGGUCUCGAUUUACUGGGAAAACUGCUAGUGUUUGACCCUCAUCAGCGAAUCUGCGCCUCCGAUGCCCUCGCCGCCCCUUAUCUUGCUGCCUAUCAUGACCCCACUGAUGAGCCUGUCGCCGAUCAUACGUAUGAUUGGUCAAUCCAUGAAAGAUGCUCAAAUGCAUGGAAGAUGGAAUUGUAUUUCCCCAUAGAUUUAUUGUCCGUUCACUGCUAA